AUGGCUCAGCAGUUACAGUCCAGAUUCCAGACCCAAGGUUUGGAGAUGCUUCUCGUCACUUGCUUCAUCUUUGGCCUCUUGGGCAGCCUUACCUGGGCAGCAGGUCCUCGUGGCCGGAGCGUCUGUCCUUCUGGCACUUUUGCCUCUAAAGUUGGAAGCGAGUGGAGUUGCUACAAGUUCUAUGAGGAAAAGGUCACCUUUGAAGAUGCUGAGCAAGAGUGUCAGUACGAAUGGAAAGGCCAUCUGGCAUCUUUCACAAAUGACAAGCAGGCAGCAGCCAUUGCUGCCUACCUCAGUAAGGAAAACAUGGACGAGUUGUACACCUGGAUUGGGCUCCGCCGAGAUGAAGGGUCUUCUAUCAGUACUGGAUGGCGCUGGGUUGAUGGAUCACGAUCCAGGUACAGAAAGUGGAGUAGUGGUGAACCCAACAAUCAGCAAUCUGAGUAUUGCGUCGGUCUCCAACCAACUGGGUACUUGACCUGGGUUGAUAUACCCUGUAGCUACGAACGUCCUUUUCUCUGCAAAUGGAAACCUGCUUAAGCCAAGUCUGCAGAGGGAGUCAGAGGGUCUUCCCAUUGAUUGGAAACCUGAGCUGAGAUCUUGAAGUUCUACCUUCUCUGUGUGCAAAACCUCUUUUCCACAAAGACCAUCUGGAGGUCAAGCAGUCAAUUCCUCUAGUCUUGCUUCUCUUCCCCUCUUU